AGCAACGUUUACGUAGUUUUACUAUUACUAUUGUUACGCUCCUCCUCGGUUGUGGUAUCACAAGCACAAUACAAUUCCUCACCCACCACAGUGGUCCUCAAUUAUCAGAAAAUGGUUAAGAGUUUGAAAGUAUUCAUGUACAAACCAGAAGAGGCUGAAUUCAAGUUGGCGACCAAGGUGGAGUCACUGUUCUAUUCAUUACUCCAGAACAGCACCUACAUCACCCAGGAUCCCGAGGAAGCACACCUUUUUUUCGUCCCUUUUUCCCCUAAUAUCUCCAGGCGCGCCCUCGCGCGUUUCAUCGCACGCGUCCGCACCGAAUUUCCCUACUGGAACCGCGCCCUCGGCUCCGACCACUUCUACCUCUCCUGCGCCGGAAUCCCCCCUGAAUCCGACAGAAACCUCGUCGAGCUGAAGAAAAACGCCAUUCAAAUCUCGUGUUUCCCCACGCGACACGACAAGUUCGUUCCACACAAGGACGUCACGCUACCCCCGCUCCCCGAACCCCACUCACGGAUGAGGCGAGUACGUGCAACCACUUUGGUCAACGACACUGAAGCACAUGCGGGGAGAUUGGAUGGGGGAGGCGAGUUUUGCGUGGGGGAAUCCGGCAACGACGCGUCGUGGAUAGGGGAAGCGUUGCGUUUAGGUUGCGUCCCUGUGGUGGUUACGGAGGGACCGGUCAACGACAUGCCGUUUAUGGAUGUGCUGAGGUGGGGGGACAUAGCAGUGUUUGUGAGAAGCGGGGAAGGAGUGACGCGUGUGUUGGGUGACACGUGGAGGGUACGUCACGAGCGUAUAAAAGGAUUGGGUGUGGUGGCGAGUAAGCACUUUCAGUGGAACCACCCUCCUUUGCCGUUCGAUGCGUUUAACACUAUCAUGUAUCAGUUGUGGCUCAGACGCCAUACCGUCCGAUACGCAACCAUGCAAUGA